GCGUGCGCGGUAACGGUCGGUGCUGACUGACUGACUGACGGGCCACACGAUGAUGAAGAUGAAGGUCUCGGCCGCCAACUGCUCUCUCACCGUCAACAGACGGCUCCUGGACCCACAGUUUGAGAGUUAUAAGCUGUCCUUGGACCCGCUGCCCACGUACAACGUGGAGUUGGAUGGCGCUGUAGCUGAGGUGAAACUGCGAGAGGAUCAGUAUACUCUAGACCACUUGUGUGUCUUUGGCAUGUAUAACUAUCUCCACUGUGAUAGGUGGUAUCAAGACAGUGUCUACUACAUUGAUCAACAUGAGAGAAUAAUGAAUUUAGCUAUCACUUUGGAUACUCCAAUAAGCAAACCCAGAGAGGUAUUCAGACUGUCAACAGAGAUCAAGUCUUGCGAUAUCCUUGUCUGUGCUUCUAUUCAUUUUACAUCUCCUACAUGGGCAGCCUUGUCAGAUGGAACAGGAAAGCUGUAUCUCCUCAGAACAGGCAAACGUGGAGCAAAUGAUCUUGAAAAAUGGGAGAUUAUAUUUCAACACGAACUUGGAGAGCCCUUUUCGAUCAUCCACAGUCUAUCAUAUGAAAAAGAAAAUGUGCACUCAAUAGACAUUGUUUUGCUCAAAGUUGAGAAAGAUGAAUAUAAUGUCAUGGGAAGUGGAUUUCACUCAGUAAUAGAGUGGCUGACUGUCACCAAUAUGAACAGUGAAACCAGCAAGUAUGAAAUAUCAAGACAUAAAACUCUGCAUGGAAAAUCAGCUCCAAACUAUGUAGCUGUAGAGCAUGGUGGCACAGGCCUUAUGAUAGCUUCUGACAAACCUUUUAAAUUUGUGGAAAAUGAUGGGAAACCUAUCAAGGAGCAGAAAGAGGAAGUAAUGGAUACCACUGAGAAAAAAGAGCCAUUAUAUUAUUGGCAGCAAACUGAAGAAGAUCUGACUGUAACAAUGCAACUCCCAGUGGAUACCACAAAAGAGAAUGUAGAUUUUCAGUUAUCAUCAGUUCACAUGAAAGUUGGAGUGAAAGGCCAAGCCAAUUCCAUGGAGGGUCAGUUGUACUCCUCAGUUGAACAUGAUGCCAGCACUUGGAUAAUAAAGGACAACAGUUUGGAGAUUUUCCUAUUAAAGAAAGAUAAAGGAGUUGUGUGGCCAGAGCUUGUGCUUGGUGACCAAAGAGGAGAAUUUAUCACUGACCCUGCUCAAGCUUCAGCAAUAAAUGAACGUUUGCUCAAUCUCACUGAAGAAUUGAAUGCAGACCCCGAAAAAAGCAAGCCAGCUAGUAAUGCACAAGAGCUGGAGGAAUGUGACCACUUCCCUGAGGCUACUUCCAAUCUAACUCGAUUUGAUGGCAAUACUUUGAAACCUACUCAUGUGGUUAAUCUGGGAAGUAACCAGUAUCUGUUCACAGCUGUGGUAGAUCCAGCAGAGAUGCCAUGUUUGUGUCUACGCCAUGAUGUCGAUGCACUUCUGUGGCAGCCAUACCCAAAACAUGAGAACAUUUGGGACCAUAUUGCAACUUUCAAUGCUUUAGGGUAUGUUCAAGCAUCUAAAACUGAGAAGAAGUUUUCAACGUGCGCUCCAAACUACUCCUACGCUGCCCUGUGUGAAUGUUUGCGACGAGUAUUCAUUUAUCGCCAGCCUACACCUGUCGAAAGCGUACUUUACAACAGGAAGGAGGCACGGCGAGUGGGACAGGUCGCCAAGCAACAGGUUGCCAGCCUGGAAACCAAUGAUCCAGUCUUGGGCUUUCAAGCUACAAAUGAGAAGCUGUUUGUUUUAACAACCAAAAACUUAUUUGUAAUCAAAGUAAACAUAGACGAUUAGCACUCUUCGGAUGGUUUUGAGGAUUUGUAGUGUACUAUGUAAAGCAAAUUGUUAGUUUAGUUAUUGACCAAUAAUGGAAAUGCUCAGUGUAUAGUGUGUAUGUGUUUGUAUGUAUGUCUGUGUAUACAUACAGUAUACAUGAACACACAGAAUGACAUCUGUUCCUAUAGAUCUGGACACCUUAGAGGUACAGAUUAAACAGAUUUAUUUUGAGCAAAUCCAUUAAUGUUUGAAGUUAGUCCAGUUCAAUAAGUGUACCUUUUUCAACAUAUAAAUAAAAUGGCUUCAGACUUU